UAGAUUACUAGCUUGUAGUUAGAGACCUUGUUCGGUGCCAGGUAAACCGAUAAAACAUGUUGCUUGGCUUGACACCUAGUCGACGGUUGCUGUCUCACCGACAUUGCCUCCUGCAGUGUCGCAGCAUUAAAUCAGAAAACACCGCCAGAAGUACUACCCUGGACAGCGUGCUGUCUGCAUUCAGGUCUAUAUGUGGAGAGGACGGCGUCUCAUUGGGUGAAGCUGUCAGGCAGCAACAUGGCAAAGAUGAGUCUGUACACAGAUGUUGUCCCCCAGAUGUGGUGGUGUUUCCUCGUUGUGUAGAGGAGGUCAGCGCCCUGGCCAAGGUCUGCAACAACCACCGCCUUCCCAUCAUCCCCUUUGGCACUGGAACCGGCCUGGAGGGAGGGGUCAGCGCAGUCACGGGUGGUGUGUGCUUCAGUCUGAGGAACAUGGACCAGGUUCUGGACGUCCACCAGGAGGACUUUGACGUGACGGUGGAGCCUGGUGUGACUCGGAAGGCCCUCAACGCCUACCUGCGAGACACCGGCCUAUGGUUUCCUGUUGAUCCCGGGGCCGAUGCGUCUCUGUGUGGCAUGGCUGCCACGAGUGCGUCUGGUACCAAUGCAGUGCGUUAUGGAACCAUGAGGGAAAACGUUCUAAACCUGGAGGUUGUGCUGGCUGAUGGGAACAUCAUACACACGGCCGGAAAGGGCCGACGUCCCAGGAAGACAUCCGCAGGAUACAACCUGACCAACCUGUUUGUGGGGUCAGAGGGCACUCUGGGGAUCAUCACCAAGACUACGUUGCGCCUGUACGGCAUCCCAGAGGCCGUGGUGUCGGCCGUCUGCUCUUUCCCCUCUGUGCAGGCUGCAGUAGACAGCACAGUGCAGAUCCUACAAGCGGGAGUACCCAUCGCUCGCAUCGAGUUUCUGGAUGAUGUGAUGAUUGAUGCGUGUAACAGGUUCAGCUCUCUGUCCUACCCUGUGACCCCAACUCUGUUCCUGGAGUUCCACGGCUCCGAGCGAAGCCUCGAGGAACAGGUCCAAACAGCCGAGGACAUCACUCAGAGUAAUGGUGGUUCCGAUUUUCAGUGGGCUCGAGAUGCAGAAACUCGGAACCGGUUAUGGAAAGCUCGCCAUGACGCCUGGUACGCUGCUCUGGCUCUCAGACCUGGCUGCAAGGCUUACUCUACAGAUGUGUGUGUCCCUCUGUCUCGACUGCCUCAGAUCAUAGUGGAGACAAAGGAGGACCUGAUUAAGAACAGACUCACAGGUCCAAUAGCGGGUCAUGUGGGUGAUGGUAACUUCCACUGUCUGAUGGUGGUGGACCCCAACGACCCAGAGGAGCAGCGCGGGGUCCACCUCUUCACAGAGAGACUGGCCAGGCGAGCACUGGCCAUGGAUGGAACAUGUACGGGGGAGCACGGAGUGGGCUUAGGGAAGAGAGCACUGCUGUGUGAAGAGAUGGGACCCAUGGCUGUCGGGGUCAUGCAGCGUCUCAAGGACACGCUCGACCCAAAGAACCUGAUGAACCCUGGGAAAGUUCUGCAGCCAAGGGAACUAUAAACUGCAUUGGAGUCUGAGGGAAAGUCACUAAACACAGAGAAUCUCAUCAUGAUCGGCUUGAUCAGAGACUGAUGUCACAAUGAGUUGGCACUUUUAGAGCAUAUUGCACUUGAAGUAUUUCCUGUUAAAACAGGACUUCUGGAUGAGACAUAACCGGAAGGGAUUACUCAAGUAAAAAAACAAUAGGAUAUCAGUUAAGGCUGUGUUAAAAUAAUUUAUUCUCCAAUUAAAAGCAAUCUUUGUUUGAGUGAUCUGAUAUCGAUUAAUAAAAUCCAGAAAUCAACCUUUCAAUUUAUAUGCCUUUUCACCAUAAAUGUGUAAGUAAAAAGUACUUCAAUCUAAUGUUUUGGUGGUCAAUUCCUAAUGUAAACAUUAACAUGAUGUGCAUAAUUAAAUAUAUUUGAGUGUUGCUUCUUGCUUGUACAAUGUACAGCAUAAGUCCUGUGAGAAUCUCUUUUAUAUUAGAGCAAAUUGGUAUUGUAACUGAAAUUUCCCUAACCUAAUUGAUCUCUAAUCAGAAAUGUAAUUGAAUCGGGACCUUGUGAAUGGGAAUUGAAUUGAUUCAGGAACUCCUUGCCCCAUACCUAGCCCCAAUAUCAGUAGGAAGACACUUAUUUAAUGUGGGAUUGUAUGUAAAUAGGCUUUUCUUUAGCAGCAGGGGGAAAUAUUGUACAGCAUAGUAUCGCAAUAUUUUCCAUGGCAAUACUGUAUUGAUACAUGGACUCCAGGUAUCGAUGUUAUUAUAUAAAUUGCACAUGGGAAUUUAACUUUUUGGUUCUAGAAGAAAUGGACACAUUGAAGUGAAAUGAACAACUGAGAAUCUUAUCUUUUUAGAUAAAACCAAUGUUGACAACGUUUUCCUUUUGAGGACAUCAUUGGAAGUUGGAAAAUAUGGUUAAAAAUUGCAAUAAUAUAGUAUUGUUACAAAGGUUUCCUGAUACAGUAUCGUGGGGCCUCCUGUGAUUCCCAGCCCUACAUUUCUUACAGAAGACAUUUUGUUGUAGGAAAAGCCCAGGUUUUACUAAUAACACCAACGAUGGCUCCGUUUUAGUGGUAAAAAAGUUCAUACACA